UCAAAUCUACGUAAAUGCGUAGAAGUUGAUCACGUGAUCGUUCACUGAUCGGAAAUGUUCCUUGGCCGGCCAUUUCCGUCUUCUCAAGAUCUGUCAGCCAUUGUCGCUCUGUUUGCCGGGUUGGGAAAGAUCUUCUAAACAGAGUUGACAUCGAUUAGUUGGAAGGAUAAUUGUACGUUGCAGAUAGCUACUACUGCUUGUUCAAACAUUUGAAAUGUACACCACAGCGUAUAGCAACCAAACAAGUUAUAGGUCGAGGGGAAGUAGAGAUUUUAGUAAUCGAAAUGGUGGAGGUACAGCAUAUUGGAAUGGUCAGCAACAAACUCAGAAAGAAUAUAAUGGAAAGAAACAAAAUCAGAAAAAAAUACCAGGAGAUUUAUUAAAGAAACCUAAUUGGGACUUAGCUACACUUCCAGUUAUUACAAAGAAUUUGUAUAUCCCACAUGUUAAUGUUUUAAAUCGAACAUCUGAAGAAAUUAAUAAAUUUCAUGCUGGGAAAGAAAUUACUGUUAAAGGAAAUAACACUCCACCUCCAAUUCAAGCUUUUGAAGAAAGCAAUUUCCCAGAUUAUGUAAUGGAGGAGAUAAAGAAACAAGGAUUUGCUGAGCCUACUGCAAUUCAAGCUCAAGGAUGGCCGAUCGCUUUAAGUGGACGCGAUAUGGUUGGCAUUGCUCAAACUGGUUCUGGAAAAACUUUAGCGUACAUCCUUCCAGCAACUGUACAUAUUAAUAAUCAACCUAGAUUGAACCGAGGUGAUGGUCCAAUCGUUUUAGUCCUUGCACCAACCCGAGAAUUGGCUCAACAAAUCCAAUCAGUAGCUAAAGAUUUCGGUUCUUCGUCAUGCAUUCGAAAUACGUGCAUUUUUGGAGGUUCUCCGAAGGGACCACAAGCACGGGAUCUUGAAAGAGGUGUUGAAAUUUGUAUCGCUACACCAGGAAGACUCAUUGACUUUUUAGAAAAGGGAACUACGAAUUUACGAAGAUGCACAUAUCUUGUUCUCGAUGAGGCUGACAGAAUGUUAGAUAUGGGAUUUGAGCCUCAAAUAAGAAAGAUAAUAGAACAGAUCAGACCAGAUCGUCAAGUUCUUAUGUGGUCAGCAACAUGGCCCAAAGAAGUACAAGCACUUGCGGAGGACUUUCUUACCGAUUACAUUCAGAUUAAUAUUGGUUCGUUGACUCUUGCUGCAAAUCAUAAUAUUCGUCAAAUCAUUGAGAUUUGUCAGGAACAUGAAAAAGAAUCAAAACUAUCCAAUCUAUUAAGAGAGAUCGGUGGUGAACGUGGGAGCAAAGUUAUUAUUUUUGUUGAAACGAAAAAGAAAGUAGACGAUAUUACAAAGUCUAUUAAACGAGAAGGUUGGUCAGCGAUUUCUAUUCAUGGUGAUAAAUCACAACCUGAACGAGAUUACGUCUUAUCUGAAUUUAGAAAUGGAAAAACUAUGAUUUUAGUUGCAACAGAUGUUGCUGCACGUGGCUUGGAUGUAGAAGAUGUCAAAUACGUUAUUAAUUUCGAUUAUCCAAAUAGUUCGGAGGAUUAUAUUCAUAGAAUAGGUCGCACUGGACGUUGCCAAAGUGCAGGAACGGCUUACGCUUACUUUACUUCGAACAAUGCAAGACAAGCUAAAGAAUUGAUAUCUGUUUUGGAAGAAGCUGGUCAAGUAAUAAAUCCUCAAUUAGCAGACAUGGCUAAUUCUAUUAGAAAUCAAUUUGGGAAGGGUCGACAACGUUGGAGUUACGGUCGCUUUACCAAGGAUAACAAUUCUAGUGGAAGUCCUAGAAGUAAUAAUAGCCCAACAAUAAACAGUUGGCAAAAUCAUCAGACUCAAACCAAUCAACAUCAAAACGUUACAAAUCCAGAAAGGAUGAAUAUACGCCAACAAAAUGGUUAUCAAACCACUCGUCAGAGCACUUAUCAGCCGUCUGUUUAUCAACAACAGCCACAUCCACAACAGCAGCAACAACAACAACAACAGCAACAACAACAGCAUCAACAACAUCAACAUCAACAACAUCAACAACAUCAACAACAUCAACAACAUCACCAUCAGCAUCAGCAUCAGCAUCAGCAACAGCAACCGCAACAGCAGCAGCAGCAGCAUCAACAGCCGCAACAACGUCAGCCUAAUAACAAUUAUCAAGGCGGAUAUCAAUCUAAUGGUAGUGCUUGCCAACCAGGAUAUCAAAAUAAUAAUGCUCUCCGAUAUCCAAAUAGAACGGGUUAUCAAGGAAAUCGUUAUAACAGUAGGCAAAAUGGAUAUAGUAGUGGUCAAAACGGUCAAAAUGUAUAUUCAAUGCCGCCUGCGUUUAUUAUGCCAUCGGGUGGACACACCGAUUCCGGAAUUCAGAGUCUCGUCAAUAACAAGUUCUUCCAAACGAACCGACCACCGCCGAAUACAGGAGCUUGCGCUUAUCAAUCGAUGGGAUACGGCCAGUUUCAGGCUGUGCCGCCGUAUGGUUAUCCUUAUCCGCCGACGCAGGUGCAGCAGUGACGUCUUAGAUGCAAAUCAGCGGCCAUUCGAGCUAAGUAAAGUAAUUUCUCAAUUAUUCAUUUCUAUUUCACCAACAAUAUUUAUCGAUUUGUGUCGAAUGGUGGGUCUUUUUGGGUAAUAUUCUUAAUGUACUUUGUUUCUUUCGUACUCGCAUGAAAUGAAGCCGAUUUACGAGGAAACGAUUUACUUUUCCUCUCGCUCAUUUUCCCUCGCUUUCUUUUGACCAAACGGAAAAAAUUAUUUAAAAUCGAAUUGUGCGAUUUUAACAUAUAGGUUUCCGAAGGGAAAAUUCAUAUUUUUUAACGAACACAGUUGAAUCGGAAAUUGUUCUACAUCAAAGCGAGAUAUUUAUAAAAAUAAAAAUAAAAAAAAUAAAUAAAAAUAAAAUAAAAAAUCAAGAAAUCGAUUCGACUAGGUGGGGCUCAUUUCAAGCGAGUAUGGAGUAAUAAAUAUCUCUUUAGCGACGAUAGAUGGUAAAAAAAAUCGGUUAUAUAGCUUACUGAUCGCGAACGUAGUUAACAAUGGUCACAUCUCUUUAUGGUAAUUUAACGAUAAUCUUCUCUCGCGAUAACUAUAUAUAUAUAUGUAUAUGGUUAUAUACAUGUAUAAACAAACAAAAACUUACCUGUAUGCUAUUCUGAAAUGCACGAAACAUAUAGAAGGGGGGGAUGGGUAGAGUCAAUAAUUUAUAAUUUAUUUAAUACUUUGCGUAUAUGCAGGUGAUGCUCUUCAAAAUGUAAGGCCUUUUGCAUAAAAAUUAAGCCGUGCACCCUUGCAAUUGAAAUACGAUAUAUAUAUAAAAAGAAAAAAGAAAAAAAAAAAAGAAAAAGAAAGGAAAAAGAGUGAGAAACUUUAACUCAAGAUGUAACUUUCCUAAGAGACAAAAGAGAGAAUGGAAAAGUACGAUUGAGGAUAGGGAAUGGAAGGAAAAAAAAAGAAAAGAAAAGAAAUAAAAAAGGAUGUAUUAUUAUAUCAUUAUAAAAAUAUAUCGUGCUUCGAUGGAUCCUUAACGUUAUUAUACACAGAGGCAGCAAAGGGGGGGUAUGGGUUUUUAGGUGUUAGAAGUAAUUGAGCGCGUAGUCACUAUGGCUGUGCACUUCGGAACAAAGUUCGAUAUCUUAUUUUUAUAUAUAUAUAUCAAAAAUAAUUUGUUGUUAAGCCAACGAAUGAUUAUAUGAAACAUUGUUGUUUGAUGUUUAUGCAAUUGGCCACCGAGUGGUCUUGCCUUUGCGCGUCAUCGUACGGGGCACGCGUUGGUUAGCCGCAAUUCAAGAGAAUUUCAAUCGUACAUGUUUUUUAGUUUGCGUGUCGAAAUCUUUCAUCACUUUCACUUCGGGAAAAAAAAAAUGAAAACGAAAAAGAAAAAGAAAAAAGCAAACAAAGGGACACUACGACAUUUUUAUUACUAAUGUAAAUGUUUGAUAAACUGUAUGAGGUAUGCCACUACCUUUAACGUAGUAGGUUAUAAGUGUAACAAAAUAUGAAGGUAAGUGUUGUAGCGUUAAAGUUACUCUAGCGAAUAUCGUAUUAGAAAUUCGCGCGACAGCAUGGGAGGCAAAUUUUGCAAACCUGCGGAUACUCGAUAAAUGUUUGCGCUCGAGGAAAAAGUAUUUGAUUGAGAUAAUAAAGGGGAAAAAAGAAAACAAGACAAAACAAACAAACAAACCAGGGAAAAGGGAGAAAAGUAAAAAGUCGAUUAAAAUAACCGAAAGGGAGAGUCUCUUGCGGAUAAUAUAUUAUCAUGAUUCAUGACAGUUACUCGCGGAAUUUCUUGUUCUUCUAUUCUUUUUUAUUUUUUUUUUCUUUCUCCCUCUUUCUCUCUCUCUCUCUCUCUCUCUUUUUCAUUCUCUCUUUAUUUUCCUUUUCAUUUUCUAUCUUUUUUAAUUUUUCUAAAAUUGUAACUCAUUACUUAAUUACGCACAAUAUUAAAAAAAAAAAAAAAAAAAAAAAAAAAAAAAAGAAAAAUGAAAGAAACAUCUUGUAACUAUAGUGCUUUGCCAUUUUAUUCGAUAUCGUCAUGUCCUUAUAUUGAGAUCAUUGAUGACUUAUUUCGAAUUUGUAUUAUCGUGCCAUUAUAUCGAUGGUCCUCUUUAAUUAUUGACACGACUAUCAAUAUAAUUUUUUUUUCUUUUCUUUUUCUACGCGCUGAUGGCAAAGACUUGAAAAUCUUAGAAAGAUCUUCUCUCUGAUUUUUUUUUUUUUUUUUUCUUUCUUUCUUUCUUUCUUUCUUUCUUUUCCAUUUCAUCGAUCUGAUCGCAUAUUGCGCGUUGAAUCGAAUAGUUAGUAUAUGAAUAGAAAGCGAAUAUUGUGAGUAUAAAAAGCUCUUAACGUUUUCGCAUAUUUGCGUGUACCCUCUGUUGAUGUUUAUUAAUUAUUUAAUUCAUUCAUUUAAUCGUAAAUGUAUUAUUUUUUAUCUUUUCAAACGAUCGAUACAUACGAUAAAGUAAACAUUUUAUCGUAAAUUCGUAUAUACAGUCUCCGUCCUAUAAUCUUUCGGUACUUAAUACGAUGGUAAACAUUGAAUGUAUCGAACAAAGCAUUUCCAACUGAUGUUGCGUUAUAAAAAAAAUAAAUAAAUACGAAAAAUAGUAUUUGAUCUAUCCCAACAUUUAAAGCAAGGAGGAUAAUACUAGUGAUAGAAAAUUAUGAUGUUUUUCACGAUACAAUUUUUGGUAUCGUAGGUAAAUAUCGUGGAAUUUUGAGAAGAUAGAAAUUAUACCAGAAUAUGUGUUUUCUAUUUGCUUACCUUUUAUUAAAAGUUAUUCACAACAAUCGUGUUCCCGUUUAUAGAGUCGUUGUUUUUGCUCGUAUCUUUCUUUUGUCUUUAACGUCAUCGAUUAAUCUCAUUUUCUUUUUUCUUUUUCUUUUUCUGUUUUUCUGUUUUCCUUUUCUUAUCUUUUCUUUUUUUCCGAUAUUUAAGUUGAUAGUGGGUGCACGCGUAAAUCUGUGAUAUGUAAGAUGUGUAGCGUAUUAAUAGAUCUACUGUUCUGUCAUGCAUGAUGAUUAAAGUAGGAGACGUAUAUCUCAUCGGUUUUUUCCUGACGUGGGUAAUACCAUAUCAUAUAUCUCGGUGACAUCCAUCGCAGCCUAUUAUUAUCAGUAAUACAGAAAUUAUGGAUAGGUAAUUUUACUGUCUAAGAUAUUGUGACAUCUGCAAGUAUAUAUUGAUUCGUCGUUUAUAUAGGGAACAGUUAUUUCAGUUAGUCUUUUCAUUAUUUAGUAAUAGACGUCGUUUAGAAGUUUCACAUCUUAUAUGAUGAUUUUGUUUAUAAAUUCGUGCUUGGAAAGAAAAAUAAGAAAAAAAAAAAAUAAAAAAAAAUAAAAAAUGUCUUAGGCAGUAGAAUCAAAUGAUGGGCCCCUUACUGCAUGAUAAAGAAAGAAGUGAAAAAUGAAAAAAAAGAAAGCAGUAUUUUUGUGAAUUCAAUAUGAAGGACGUUCGAUUGCACUAGAUCGUUUAAUAAUACUAUCAUCGUUCUCGACUAUACGAAGAAUCAUUAUUUUUCUUCGGAUAUAUUAAAUCAUAUAUCAAGGUCUUUCUCUCUUUCUCUCAUUUUUUUUUUCUCUCUCUCUCUCUCUCUUUCUCUCUGUCUCUUUCUCUCUCUCUCUCUCUCUCUCUCUCUCUCUCUCUCUCUCUCUCUCUCUCUCUCUCUCUCUCUCUCUCUCUCUCUCUCUUUCUCUCUCUUUCUCUUUCUCUGUUUCGGACAUUACUUCGCAUAAUCGGAAACGAAUACGUUUUAGACGAUCCAGUUUAAUAUGACACCCUUUAUAUACAAUAUCUCCGACGCGUUAAGCGAAUAAUAAAGUCGGGUAAUGACAUAAUACGUCAUAUGUUUAAUUAUCAUUGAAUCGUCGUACUUGGGUGAAUUCAUACGUGAUUUUUCAUGCUUCAUUUAAGGCAAACGGUUAUUCUUUAAGCAAGAUAUUCUUUAAAUCUUUACAAAGAAGGAAUUUAAGGAUUUCUCUUCCGUAUGUCGCGUAAGGUUACAUUUUUUUUGUUGGUUUUUUUCCUUUUUUUUAUAUAUGUAUAUAUAUAUAUAUAUAUAUAUAUAUAUAUAUAUAUUUGUUUUUACGUUUAACAGAUUCACAUCGAUAUAUUUCUCGUGCCCUCUUUGUUAAGGAAAAAAAAGAAAAAAAGAAAAAAAAAAGAAAAGAAAAGAAAAAGAAAAAAGAAAAGAAAAGAGAAAUCUCUAAUGGCCCAACACGAUGGCCCAUUUAAAAUAUAUUUUAAGCAUUAAACAAAUAACGCGAGUACCGUUAACGGUGGUUGCAUCUUGUACAUAUAUAAUCGGAGAGGGACGAAAACGGUCUGUAUUAUAUGACACGGUAACGAAACUUACAAAUUUUAGUUAAGUUCACAAUUAUAGAUAAUACAAAUAUUUGGUUACGUCUCUUUGCGAAAGAUACAGGAAUACGUACGAAGAUCGCAUUCUUCCCCCAUUAUACAUUAUAUGGAUGAGAGCAAAAUAAUUUAAAGGGGGGAGAAAGAAAAGAGUUGAGAGGCUUCUAUUAAUUAAUAUAACCAAAGCGUUAGAAGUAUCAGAAAAAAAUAAUUAAAUCUUUGUUGAUUGUAUAAAUGUUAUCAACACAUUGUUUUUUCUUUUUUCUUUUUUUUUUCCUGUUGCUUUUGAAGUUAGAAUAAUCGAAAAGUUUUGAGUUUCUCUUUAACACAUUAAAAUCACCAUGAAGAUCACCUCCUAUCGAUUGAG